AUGUUGGACAUUGAGGAUUUCAUCGAGGAGCGCGGCGGAAACCCCGAGAAGAUUCGAGAGAGUCAGCGUCGCCGACAUGCUCCUGUAGAGCUGGUUGACGAGGUUAUUGCCCUUUGGCAAGAUGCGCGCAAGACUCAGUAUGGAGUUACACAGAUCGGCACACAAAUAAACGGCGUUCAGAAGGAGAUUGGCCUCAAGAAACGAGCCAAAGAGGACGCGACCGAGCUACUUAAGCAGAAGGAGGAGUUGACAGAGAAGAAGAAGAUCCAAGAGGAGCUUGCCGCAGCAAAGAAUGCCGAACUCAAAGUCAAGGCAAAGCUCGUCGGAAACUACGUGCACGACUCGGUCCACGUCAGCGACAACGAGGACAACAACACAAUCGAGCGAACCUGGGAGCCUGAGACUUUCGAUAAGACCAAGCAAGCUGCUCUUUCUCACCACGAUGUGCUGCUGCGGCUUGGCGGAUACGACCCUGUUCGAGGCGUCAAGUUGGUCGGCCACCGAGGUUACUGCUUGACUGGCUACGGCAUGAACCUUGCACUCGUCAACUAUGCCACAGCUUUCCUCUUCAACAAGGGCUACACCCCUAACCAACCACCCUUCAUGCUCAAUCGCGACCAGAUGGCCAAGACUGCACAGCUCUCUCAGUUUGACGAGGAGCUUUACCGUGUUUCCGAAGGACCUACACCUUCCGAGUCGGAUCGAUAUCUCAUUGCCACCAGCGAGCAGCCUCUUUCCGCCCUUCAUGCCGAGGAGUGGAUCCAGCCCUCUGAGCUCCCUAUUAAGUACUGCGGCUACAGCACUUGCUUCCGAAAGGAGGCCGGCAGCCACGGUCGUGAUGCCUGGGGCGUGUUCCGCGUGCAUCAGUUCGAGAAGGUUGAGCAGUUCGUCCUCUGUGGCCCCGAUGACAGCUGGGACCAGUUUGACCAAAUGAUGGCCAACUCUGAGGAGUUUUACAAGUCCCUUGGCCUCCCUUACCAGGUUGUGGGUAUCGUCACAGGUGCUUUGAACAAUGCUGCUGCCAAGAAGUACGACUUGGAGGCAUGGUUCCCCUUCCAGAAGGAAUACAAGGAGCUUGUUUCUUGCUCCAACUGCACAGACUACCAGACCAGAGAGCUCGAGAUUCGUCACGGUUCCAAGAAGGGCAAGCAGAUCGUUGGCGGUGGAAAGAAGGAGUAUGUCCAUGCUCUGAACGCUACUCUGUGUGCUACUGAACGAACACUGUGCUGCAUUCUUGAGAACUACCAAACGGAGGAAGGUCUCGUUGUGCCCGAGGUCCUGCGAAAGUAUAUUCCUGGCGAGCCUGAGUUCUUGCCUUUCAUCAAGGAGGCCCCCAAGGAAGCAGAAAAGACUGAAAAGAAGGAGGGCGGCAAGAAGGAGAAGACCCUUCCUGUUCGUGAGACCAAGGCGUAA